CCUGUGAAACACAGGCGCAUCUUCGACGUUGACACCGGGAGCGGCGACGCCAGAACCGUCACCGUGUCGAUCAUGAAGGACCCCGAGAAGAAAAUUCUCCCUAACGGAACCUCGACGGCAAGAAAGGUGACUAGCAAGUUGGUGGUGACGGAGACCACCACCGCCACCUGGAGUAGCACCAUGACUUGGAAGAUAGGCGGCAAGCUCAACAUAGAUUUUAAGAUCCCGGGAUUGUUUCUGGACAAGUUCCUCGGCGGGGCGAAGCUGGAGUUCUCGGGCGAAUACUCUGAAGGAGCCACGAAGGGAGGAACCAAUACAACCACCAAGACGAAUGAAAUAGUGGAGGAGUACACCGUGCCUCCGAUGAAGCAGGUGAGGCUUUCCCUGGAGGAGAGAACCACCACCCGUGAGGUUCCCUUCUCCUACUCCUACACCGACAAGCUUUACAACGACGAAGAAGCUGUCACCUAUCGUCUUGAAGAUGGCCUCUUCACUUCUACCACAACAAAGGAAGUCAUCAUUCCUAUAGAGGAACCUCUGGAGAUGUAAACCUAGCUCGCUCGUACGUACGCGCAUGCAUGGCGUCCG